AUGCAGCACUUUGAAGAGAAGUCUCGCGCUAAGAAGAAGCAGGAGCAGGAGCAGGAGCUGGCCGCAGACAGCCAACGUCUGGACCUCGUUCGUCGUGUCCUCUAUCUGAGUGACGAGGAGGUGAAGAGGUCGCUCGAUGGGCUCCAAGAGCACCGCCACACCGAGAGUGAGAUGGUCGGCCGCAGCCGUUCUCCCACUCUUGGUCGCCUACGCAAGCAGGGCCAAGUGGCGACUCUGAUGCAGCAAGAAAUGGUUCAAGACAGAUCGCUUGUCCAUUUUAUCCCCCCUCCGCGCUACACCGACCUGGUGGAGCUGAUGAGGACCAGCCCGCUUCGAAUUCCCAGUACGGCGCUAAUCCAGUUCAGGGACAGCGAUGGCGACCUCCUUCCGCUGAGGCACCAAGACGAUCUGAACUACUUUCUCGACAAUCACAAGAGGUCUCACCAGCCGACAGCGAUCUCAGGCUUGUCUCUGUUCGUUCACCUGUAG